AUGGCUGCGGGAUACGAUUCUUUAUCUUCACACGACGGUGGAGAGUCGUCAAACAAGCCUUUGUCUGCUAUCGAUCGUGCCAAGUCUUGGUGGAAAGGUGGUGAAGAGAGCCAACCUCUUCUUGGCUCACGACACGUGACAAACGAUCAAGGAUCAGCCAAGCAAUCGACUGCCAAGAAGGUCGCCUUGUAUGGUGGUAUCCUUGCAGCAUGUAUAGCAUUGGCUGGUUCAGCUGCUUGGUUGUUGCUGGAAGAGCAUGAAGCAUCCUUACCAUCCACCGUUCCCAAGAUGAAUGAGAUUGAGAAGGUCAUGUACGACCUACCAGUGGCUGAGAACAUGCGUGAAUACCUACGACACUAUACCUCUGAGGCACAUCUUGCUGGUUCAGAAGGUGACAAACGCCUUGCUGAAUGGACCCGCGACAAGUUUAUCGAGUUUGGCAUCACCAAUUCAUCCCUUGAGACAUACUAUCCUUUGCUCAACUACCCUGUCAAACACCGCUUUGGUAUCGUAUCCGGCCCUGAAGAAUUCCAAUACGAAGCUACCCUCACAGAAGAUGUGGUGGAUGAGGAUGAGACAAGUCAUACGCCCGAUGUUGUGCCUUCAUUCCAUGGCUAUUCCAAAAAUGGUACAGCGCGGGGUCCCGUUGUUUAUGCCAAUUAUGGUCGUGUGGAAGAUUUCCAAUAUCUUGUGGAUCAAGGUAUCGAGCUGAAUGGUACCAUUGCUUUGGUGCGCUAUGGUGGCGCUGUUCGUGGCUUAAAGAUUCGUGCUGCAGCACUAUUUGGUUGCGUUGGCACAUUGAUUUAUUCGGAUCCUCUUGACGACGGCCCGAUUGACAAAGAAGGCUAUCCUCACGUCAACCCUGCUAAAUCUUAUCCCGAAGGCCCAUGGCGGCCCGAGAGCUCUGUUCAACGUGGAUCUGUUUCUUACAUCUCCUUUGCCUCAGGUGACGCAUUGACUCCUGGCUAUGCUGCUACAAAGGAUGCACCACGUCUCAAGCAAGAAGAUUUGAAUAGCUUACCUAGCAUCCCUUCUUUGCCACUUUCUUAUCGUGAUGCACUUCCAUUGCUUAAGGCUACUCAAGGUCGCGGUGUCCAAAAUGGUGACUGGGCUGGUGGUCUUGAAGACGUUGGAUACUUCUCAGGUCCCACUGAAGGUGAAGCUAUUCUUGAAAACAUUGUCGACUACAAGGUUACUCCCAUUUGGAAUGUGAUUGGCACCAUCGAAGGCUCUGUAGAGCCUGAUCGUGUGGUUGUAUUGGGUAACCAUCGUGACGCUUGGGUGUAUGGUGCUGUGGAUCCCAACUCUGGAUCUGCAACUAUGCUUGAACUUGCUCGCUCUUUUGGUGAAUUGCUCAAGACGGGAUGGAGACCUGCACGCACUAUCGUGUUGGCUUCAUGGGAUGGCGAGGAGUAUGGUUUGAUUGGCAGUACUGAGCACACCGAGGAUCAUAAGGAAUGGCUAUCCAAGAAUGGCGUAGCAUACAUCAACGUGGAUGUUGCUGUUUCUGGACCCAACUUUGGCGCAGGUGCCUCACCCUCUUUGAACCAGCUCCUUUAUGAUGUAACAUCCUUGGUAGAAGAUCCACGUACUGGUGGCAAUGUUUAUGAUGCUUGGCAUAAGUUUACCAACUUUACGGUGGAACCCGCAGCAAAGCCUUUUGUGAACGACCUUGGCUCUGGUUCUGAUUUUGUUGGCUUCCUUAACUACAUUGGCAUGGCUUCUAUUAGCAUCGACUUUUCUGGAGACUACGGCGUCUACCAUUCUGUAUAUGAUAGCUUCCACUGGAUGGAAAAGUUUGGUGAUCCCGGUUUCCUUUAUCAUCAAACAAUGUGCCGAAUUUGGGGUCUUAUGGCAUUGCGCUUGGCUGAUAGCCCUAUCCUUCCCAUCCAUCCCGCUGAUUACGCCGAGGCACUUUCUGGUUACGUGGAUGUCAUUUCAUCUUACGCAGUAGAUGCUGUUACCAAGAACAAGAUCGAGAUUGAUGACGAACAGCAACGUUUCCCCGUUCUUUCAGCAGCAAUCGACAAGCUCAGUGACAUUGCUACCAAGUUUGAAAAGAAGCUACAAUCGCUUGAGAUGCAAGUGCACGAUUACUCUCAUUUGGAUAGCGUUCCUCAAUCAUUGUUAAGACGCCUCCGCAAGAUCAAUGAGCAAUUAAUGUACUUUGAGCGUGGCUUGUUGGAUCCUGAAGGUAUCCAAGAACGCACUUGGUUCAAGCACAUUGUAUAUGCACCUGGCUAUUGGACUGGAUACUCAUCACAAGUCUUCCCUGCUAUCGCUGAUGCGCUGGAUGCCGGCGACGCAAAGAUGACCACCCAUAAAGAAGGUCGCGCCGCUUUGUGUGUUCAAGAGGCAGCAAACACCUUGGCUUAA